AAUAAAUGAUUUAGAUGUAACACCUAAUUCACGCCCGCAGUGUCAUUACAGCGUUCCAUGGCAAGAAAGUCCGGUGUUGUGCAACGUUACCAACGUUUCAAUGUUUUCGACGCGAGUCUUCUUUCUAUUCGUUUCACCUUGCCUACGCGCAUUACACACCAACACAAACAUGGCGUCUGAAACGUUCACGGCUUGCCCGAAGUUGUCUCUCCCCUCCGCAAAUGAAUGAAUUAAGCAGAAGGUUUGUUGUUCAUCGUGGCAUCUGCGGCACGUGUUGGGUUGUCCUGCUGAAAUCUCCUGCCAGCGUUCGUUUCUUCUUGUGAAGUUCGAAUUCCUAGCAGCGUGUCUGCAGUUGCGGCAUGAGAAUGAACGGUACGUUGGAGAUACCGAAGGACAACUCCCGCUACUCCGACGUGGCAUAUUGGGAUGCCAGGUACCGCCAAGAAGCAACAUAUGACUGGCUCGUGCCCUACGAGAACUACGCCUAUCUUCUGAGAAGACACGUCCGACAGUCGGACAGGAUUCUCAUGCUCGGCUGCGGCAACAGCCCUCUGAGUGAGUUGCUGUUCAGGGACGGCUUCCGGAACGUGGAGAACAUAGACUACUCGGCUGUGGUCAUUGACAACAUGGCCUCCCACUGCGACCACUGCUCCCAGAUGAAGUGGCAUGUCAUGGACGCCACGCAGCUGUGCUUCCCGGACUCCUCCUUCGAUGUGGUCAUAGAGAAGGCCACGCUCGAUGCCAUGAUGGUCCGCGAGAGGGACCCCUGGAACCUGUCGGAAGCGACGCAGCUUCAGGUGGACCUCGUCCUCAGGGAGGUGAGCAGGGUGCUGCGGGACGGCGGCCGCUUCGUCUCCAUCACCUUCUCCCAGCCGCACUUCCGGGGCCCCCUGUACGCCAAGCCGGACUUCCGCUGGUCCCUGGAGACCCACGAGUUUGGCGAGGGCUUCCACUACUUCUACUACCUCAUGACGAAAGGGCGGACGCUGCGGCCCGAGGCGGUGCUCACGUACCGCCCGCCCGUCGUGCGGAGACGAUCGCAUCCCAGCAGGAGCAGCGAGUCCGAGGGCGAGGAUUUUCUCCUCAAGAUUUGCACCUCUUGACGUCGUGGCGUUGUAGUGGUACAAUGUGUGGAAAAAUUUUAUAGAUAAACUAUUGAACGGAAUGGUGUUGAUACUUUACACAAAAGUGUCUUUAGAUGCUGCAUUUAUCAUAUGCAAAUUUUAUAAGUGUAGGUUUCAGAGGCUUGACGUCAUCCCAUCAAGUCUCUGGCCACUACAAAGAAGAGGGGAAGGAGGAAUUCCCCUCUCGCCGGGACUUUCUUUUGUGUGUCCUAGACGUUGCUAUUGUCCCUCUAAAAAAUGAUAAGAUUAUCCCGUCACUCAAAAUUUGUACAAAAGCAACUUUCCCCUCUCUCUCUUCCAUGGUGGUGCGAAAUGGAUUGAUAUGAUGUCAGUGAAAAGCAUGUAUAUACGGGGAGGAAAACAGCCAAAACCAUUUGUUUAUGCUGCUACUCGUGGAUGGUGCCAGGCACGCCCAGAUCUGCUGGAUCUGCUUUCCGGUGUUCACCUCAAAGAAACUUUCAGGUUUUUUAUUUACCUUGUGCCCUCUGCGAGUUAGCAGCGUCGACGGGACGGUUUUUGCCCUUUUCCUUUAUCUGCACAAAAAAAAGUUUUUAAAUUAUUUUUUUUUUAACCUGCACUCCUGCAUUUUGAAUAUGAUAAAUGCAUUGCCUAAAGGCACCUUUGUGGAAAGUAUAAUUGCAUCCAGUUCGUGGGUUUAUUUAUAUGAAUCUUUUUAAUGUCCGAGUAGGGCUUGGAAACACCCCGUAUGUACGGCAACUGCCGAAGCAGCGUUUUGAUUGCUAUUUAGUGUCAGCUUCGUUGUUGGCGGUGGCCUUUGCAAAUACUCAUCUGUUGGCUUUUGAAGCCUCCAAGUACCUAAUCUUUGGCAUGGCAAGCUUUGCACGCCGUUCUGGUUGAAAUGAAAGGGAGACCUGUCUGAAUCUUCCCGCACUGCUAGAGAGGUGGCAGUGUACCAUAUUUAGAAAUUUUUGGGAGAACGAUUCUUUUUACAUUAACGAGAGCUAUUGUCAUAUUGUCUACUAUCAUACAUCUAUAUUUUACAUAAAAUGGUGAUGGGUGCUUGCUCUCAGUAAAUGGAGGUAUAGGGCACAAUGCAGUCAUCACAAACGUGCAAUUGGCAGCUUUUGUGGGUUUCUCCCAAGACUAUAAGGGCUGCUCCCGAAAUUGGCAAUGUGGUAGAAGAUGCUCAUUCAGAGCACCAACUUCUGUUGAUCACUGCCCCGUCUGGGUCAAACACGAAAAAGUGCCAUGUCAUGUUUGUUCUGUGUCGUGUCGGGUGCAGAUGUUCGUGAUAGCCUAUAUCUCCGAUUGAAUAUGCUGCAGUUUUAAAUAUAUGUUGCUUUUAAACGUAGGUUCAAGAGUAAAAUUGUUUAGUGAAAUCGGGUUUUACUCAGAUAUGAAGCAGCCAAAGUACAAUCGGAUAGUCCAAGUAAUGUGAAAGCGCUUGAUUCUCAACCCCAAUCCUAAAAAUCGUUCAACAUGAAGAAAUACACCGGGAAUUUUAUUUUUCAUCUUCAUCACAUAGCUACCUAAGCUUUCCUUCUUGGUUCUGUUGGUGUUUUCGUGGGCUAGAUUUUUUAAGGAAAGCAUUCCAAAAAGUUUCAUUGUAAUCCUUCAGGCUGGGAGGUAGAGGAUUCACUAUUUCGCGGAAGUUACAAAAACAACGAGUAACUGGAGCAGUACUUUGUAUAAACUAUAUUUUGAAUACACUCUUUAAACAAAUUAAUAUUCCCUAAAUGCCCAUAAAGUUAUAAUUCUAAAACGUCUUGUAAAAUAUAUGCUUUCAGAAAUACAGAACCAUGCAUGGUUCAGACGUCUUUAGAUAAAAGUGAUUUUGUUAAAGUUUGUCCCCAAGCAAUUGGGGCCAUAUAUAACUUGCCAUUUAUGUAUGUUUUUUGCACAUCUGUUGGAACUCUGAUGUGCACAUCUCUAGGAAAUCCAGUACAUCUCCUAUUUGGAUGUACAGAAAUGGAUGUCCUGUGUACACCUAUGAAUGGAAGUUCUGCGGAUAUCUGCUGAAAGUCUGAUGUGGACAUCCCUAGGACAUCCAGUUCAUCUAUGAUUUGGAUGUACAGAAAUGAAUGUCCUAUGGACCUCCACGGAUGGAAGUUCUGCGGAUAUCUGUUGAAAGUCUUUUCUGGACAUCCCUAGGACAUCCGGUACAUCUCUGAUCUGGAUGUACAGAAAUGAAUGUCCUGUGGACCUCCACGGGUGGAAGUUCUGCGGAUAUCCGUUGAAAAUCUGAUUUGGACAUCCCUAGGACAUCCAGCACAUCUCCGAUUUGGAUAUACAGAAAUGGAUGUCCGGUGUACGUUCUACGGACGUCCGCUUCAGGCACAGGAUAUUUAUACCUUCCAUGGAUGUCCGACGGAUAUCCGUGGUUUGUUGGGUACGUCAUUGUAAGUACUUUGGGAGAAGUGCCCUAUACUUAUCUUGUCACUCUGGGAGCAUUUUGUUUCUGGUAGUGGUAUUGUCGGAUUAGGAAAGUUGUUUUUUAACAGGCUGAAUGCAUCUGGUGUUUUAGUAUGUGAUUGCAGGAAUGUUGUCAGCUUGUUCGGAAGCUUCUUUUAAACAUUUAUAUCGUGAAAGUAUGUCUUCAUUGAAAAAAAGUAUUUUAUGGGUGCAGAGUAGCUAUAACGAUAUGUGAAAUGACUUCCACCCAUCGGGUGCAAUUCCAUGUAUGACCAAGUAAUUUUAUGCCACGAAUUUUAAACAUUUUACAAAACGAAAAUAAACUUGCAAUGUCUAGUGGCAGAGAUACACAAUUUUGGCACAAUACAUGUAUCUACAUCAUUUGUAUACAUAUAUGUUGUUGUUUUGUAUCUUUUAUGGCUUGUUAACCGAUGUAAGGGGUACUGUUUUGGUGUUUCAAAAUAAAUAUAUCCAUUUUCCAUUCUUA